AUGGUGGUCGCGGAAACUUUGGUAUGAUGCACCAGCAGGUAUAUCCGCAGCUGGCGCAUGAGUGCCAGAUGAGCAAGACGGGCUGGGACCAGACGAAGGAGCGGGAGGAAGGCAAGCGGAUGCGACGACUCAUCAGGGGAAUCGUGACGGGUCGACCUGUAGAUCCCUCCAAAGUUCCGGCAAGUGGAGGUGCACAAGGAGGAGGAGCUGGAGGCCAUGCCCGCAAAGAGUCCGUUAGUGCAAGUGUUCCGCCGAGCGCAGGUCCCGAUUCUGCAGAUUCUCCAAACGUGGAGUUCAGCAAAUCUCGUCCCUUCGUGCAGGAAGAGCAAGUUCAGUCCGGACCCAAGGCCCCGGGACCGGGCUUCGCAGGCAGGAGAUUCUCCCAAUCGCGCUCAACGACGAUGCCGCUGCUGACGAGUACCAUGUCAUCAGCUGAGCCAAACCACCGUAGCCUGAUGAAGAACCUGGAUAUAGACAGCGCCCGUCGUCACAGCCCGAGCACCAGUAACGUGAGCGAAUCGGGCGACCUAAACGCAGGCACGUUCCGUAACGUCGGGAGAGAAAGGCAGGACAGUCCGAUCGGUGGUAGUCCUAUCCCUUCUUCUGCCCUCUUCCCUUCUAACGCUGGCCACCCAAUUUUGUCAUCGUCACCACGCAGUGGCAGCAGGUUUGGUCAUCGUUCGCGCAACAGCAGUGAUUCAGUAUCCUCAAACGCAGCACAGUACGGGUCUGGCAUUCCUGCCGAUGCCGCAGCCAUGUUCAUUAAGAACGGAAGCCUCGCCGAUAUGAUUAAGAAUAGCUUUAACACAAACAACCCUGACCGUCGGAACGGUCAAGAUGGCGGUCGGCCUUUGGGUGUCGUUGACACCGGAGACAGGAGUGCCGGGACUGACCCUCCAAACAGCGCCAAAGGCCCAAAGUCGUUCUUGUCGUUCUUGUCGCGGAACAAGAGAAAGGAAGAUGGAACAUCGCCUGACGAACUAGAUUCACCCACCAGUCCAGCUACCGGUUUCAAAGCUCACUCGCUUGGUAGUCGUGCCGGUCAUGUCAGCGAAACUUCCCUCGAUCAGCGCCCCGGUUCAAGUAUCUCGACUCACGAUCACAGCCUCGGAUUUCACAGUGGCCAUAGUAGGAAGAAGAGCGUGGUUGCUACCCGGGUUUAUCUCCUCGCUACUCUGGACCACUGGAAUUAUCGUAUGUUGGAUGUUACUGAUAUCGACUCCGCACAUGACUUGAGACAGCUAGUGUGCAUCAACCUGGGCCUACCUGACAGUGAAGGCGCGGCAAUCUACGUGACUGAGCUGGGCAAGUUUGACCAUGAGGAGCCCUUGGACGACAUGAAACUACUCACGAACAAAAGGCUACGGGCGGACGCAGUCGGCACACUAAAACUGUUUGUGAGACCGGGCGGCAUGACGAAUUCACCGUAUCCAGGUAACGGAACCCAAAGCGGUCAACCAUCAUCGUAUGUCCCUCGUGGCGCCCCUCCCAUGGACGAGGAAACUUUCAACAGGCUAAACGGACAAAGGCAGCGUUCUAGUUCAUCGCCGCCGACGUCGAGGCAGAAUACGAUAUCCAGCAAGGACCGGGACGAGAAGAUGCCAGCGGCGGAGCAAAUCGAGUACAAGGCGGAGCCCCCCCGAAAGCACGCAACCAAGGAGACGAGCCCGGUCGGAGAGACGACACCGGUCGGCAUCGUCGGCAGGAAAGUGGACUUUGACCAGCCCCGACUCUCACCCUUCGAGGACAAGAGGCCCGAUCACCUGUUUCCGGUACGAAAGGCACCUGCACCACCAGGGGACCCAUCGGCUACUUUAACCAAGGUCAAUUCACUGAGUAAGAAAACUGGACAGGGAUUCCGACCUAGCACGGCGCAUGCCACCCAUCACCAUCAUCAUCACAACGCCAUAGAUCAUGGAUACCACCAGAGGCGAGUAUCGACCGACAUACGCGAGAACCCGACGCCCGAGAGGCAAACGAGGAGGCCGGCCGCGAUAAGAGGAACCGCCGAAGUGCCAUCGCCAUCAGGAGGAAUCGGCAGCUUGUUGAUCAAUAUAGGCGGCCACCUGGGUGGCAUCGGUCACCCUGUCGCCGGCGGUGCUCGCGCAUUAUCACCAAACCGUGUCGCCUCAGCGCCCGUCGGGCAUGGUGGCGAGAUGAGCGAACAGCAAAGAGGUAAGGGAGCCAUGUCUUUGGUCGACUUUGGACAGCGCAACAGAUCGAGCUCCGGUGCCAGUGCCGGUGUCAGUGGAGGCAGUAGCCCGCGGCCGUCGGGAGGUGUACCUGGAUCGCCUGGGGCAACCACCUGGAGCUCCAGAAAUGUGCCCUUCCUCGUCCCAGACUACUCGCCAGGUGGGGGGACUCCUCACCAGUCACCGUCGUCAUCGGCAAUGUCACUUGGAAGAGAAGGCGGACUUCACAUGUCUAGCAGCUUCCGUGAACGUGUCCAUGGCCGGCAGAGCUCGGAUCAGCGACUUCCUCGUCAUGAUCAAAACCCCUACCUUGAAACUAGAACAGAUGCUAAAAUGCGUUACCAAACAGCACGCGCGCCGUCACCUUCAGCUGUUAGUCCCAAUGCUCGUAGGAGACCUAGCGAGUCUCAUAUUAGCCAGCAACAAUAUCAGCAGAAUUACCGGCCAUCGUCAUCCCGGCCAUCGUCGUCGCAGCAGCACCAUCCACAUCUUCAGCACCAGGCGCAGCAACAACAGCAGCAGCAGCAAUAUCAACCGAGACAACAGCAGCCACAGCCACCGCAACAACAGCCACAAGCUCCGGCCCAACACGAGGAGUCUAAGCGCAAAUCCCAUGGUCCAGAUGUGGACUUCAGCGACAACGAUGUGCGCUUCACCCCACCUCCUGAGAGUGAAUCUCUCAACGCCGGUUCAGACCAUCAGGACAACGCAGACGAUCAGGAUGAUUCGGACGACUCAGACGAUGGCCUCUUUGCGGUCCCGAUCUCGAAACCCAAGACAGCGGAGACGUCGAAGACAGAGGAUGAUUCGGGCGAUGGCCUCUUCGCGGUUCCGAUCUCGAAAUUCAAGACAGCGGAGACGUCGAAGACAAAGGAUGAAUCGGGCAGGAGCGAGGAAGGACUCGGCAAGCGCCCAAGCUUGAAGCUGGCAACCGACCGCUCGAAGAAGAACUUGUCCGUGGCGUUCACCACACCCCAGGCCAGCCCUAGCAUGGCCACGUUUACCGAGGAACCUGAACAUGCCAGUGUGCCAUCUUCCUCGGGGCACGGUCACCGGCAGUCAGCGCCUGUCACAUCGGGAUCAUCAAAAGAAUGGGAACAGGAAGAGACGGAGUGCAAGAUUAGCAGGCGCAAGUCUUUCAUUGAGAAGGACGUUUGGGCCAACCGUCCCCCGACCGACGCCCUUAUCAACAACCUCGAGGACUUCUUCCCCAACUUGGACGUCGACCAACCUGUGCUUGAGGAGGGCGGUGACACGGAGGUCGAGGCCCCGUCACCGAUCGCCGAGGUUGAUGAGAGCCAGUUCCAGACACAGCCACAGCAGAUGGCGGAAACCAUGGCUCAGAGCAACACCGCGGUUGCCAGUAGUAGCAGCAACGCGCCUACGCUCCCGCCGCUUAACAGGGUUUCUUCACUUUUCAACGAGAGCGAUACCCUGGGGUCUGAUGAGUCUACGCUGAAGGCGCUGGAAUCACGCCCAUCGUCGAUGGCAUCUGGCAGUGUGCGCCGGUCUAGAGGCCUUGGCCGCAUGAAGUCCAUCCGUGAGGUGGCCCGCGGUGCGCAGGAAGCCCACAAGCGCUAUACGCAAACGUCGAUGCAGACGAACGUGGCAGCACCGGGGGUUCCUAAUGCGACGACCAACCUCAUGCGGCGAAAGAGCACAAAGAUGUUCAACGCCAACAUUGUGCAGAUCGAACCCAGGCGGGGGUCCAUUCUGUCCACCAUUCCCCAGGAGACCCUUCCCACGCAAGACAACAUCAACACAUUGCCGAAGAGACAAACGACGUUCCGCUGGUUCAAGGGUCAGCUGAUCGGCAAGGGCACCUUCGGCCGCGUCUACCUCGGUAUGAACGCCACAACCGGUGAGUUCCUGGCCGUCAAGGAAAUCGAAGUCAACCCCAAAGCCGCCCAGGGCGACAAGAAGAAAAUGAAAGAGCUGGUGGCCGCGCUCGACCAGGAGAUCGACACGAUGCAGCACUUGGAUCACGUCAACAUUGUGCAGUACCUCGGGUGCGAGCGCAAGGAGACUUCCAUCUCCAUCUUCCUCGAGUACAUUUCCGGUGGCUCCAUCGGCUCGUGUCUGCGCAAGCACGGCAAGUUCGAGGAGCCCGUGGUGGCCUCGCUCACGCGCCAGACGCUUUCGGGUCUGGCCUACCUGCACCGCGAAGGGAUCCUGCAUCGCGACCUCAAGGCGGACAAUAUCUUGCUGGACCUGGACGGCACGUGCAAGAUUUCCGAUUUUGGUAUUUCCAAGAAGACGGAUAAUAUUUAUGGUAAUGACAAGACCAACUCGAUGCAGGGGUCCGUGUUCUGGAUGGCGCCCGAGGUGAUCAGGUCGCAGGGCGAGGGGUAUUCGGCCAAAGUGGAUAUUUGGUCUCUGGGCUGUGUGGUGCUGGAGAUGUUUGCGGGCCGCAGGCCGUGGAGUAAGGAUGAGGCGAUCGGGGCUAUUUACAAGAUUGCGAAUGGCGAGACGCCGCCGAUUCCGGAUGAUAUCCGGGAGGAGAUCACGCCGAUUGCGAUUGCUUUUAUGCUGGAUUGCUUUACUGUCGACCCAACCGAUCGCCCCACCGCCGACGUCCUCCUCUCCCAACACCCCUUUUGCGAGCUGGAUCCUAACUACAGCUUUAUGGAUACGGAGCUGUAUGCUAAGAUUAGGGGCACUUAUUAAUUCAAACGAACGGACGACACAUCGCCAUCUAUCAUAUCAUUCUCUGUGGUGGGCUUAUAGGAGCGAGGAGGGUACAUAGCGGUAACAUUGUGAUGCGCGCAAACAAACACUUGAGCACUUGUGCUUACUCACCACGUUACCACGGACAGGAGGGAGGCCAGGAGAAGGAACCAGCCAGGG